AUUGAGAACAGGAAGUGAACAAAAGUGUUAGCAAGUGCUAUGUAAAGGAAAAGGGGUAGGAUUAAAUCAACUCCGCUUCUUCCUACUCCGUUUCGAACAUGUUGAAUAGAGAAACUGGAAAUUGUGAUGUAAAAUGUUGUAUGCAUGCAUGUUCGAAAUAAACUCAAACUCAACCAACUCAACAAGAAACAAGGUAGUGCAGCGUCAGGGUUUCACUUUAAUUAAACGCGUUUGGUGUCACAGUUUGUCCUCCAAGCGACCACCGUCGAGAGUGUACGUGACGUCACAGCCGACAAACAAAAUGUCGGUCGCGAAGCUGACAACACAUUUUAACGGGUUUAACAAGCGUGUUUUUGCAUUUGCUGGUCCUUUUAGUUCUUUUUUGUGGGUAAAAUAUGGCAGCGGAUAGAGCUAAGACAGUAUAAAUGGCACAAAUGUUCCUGUAGUAUCGGUAGAAACCAUAAACAUGCUCAGCUAGCGAGGCAGAAUUUGUCAAAGAAAUACGAAUAUUCGAGUAGCGGCUGCACAAAUCGACGACAUUUUAAAAUUUGUUGGUAUAAAAAAACAAAAACAUUAUUACAUUAUGUCCGAGCUGGAGACACUCGUCGUCACCUUCCAGACAGAGCUGUUGGACGUGAUGGAGACCCUGGUGAAAAGCGCCAUGUUUAAGGUCACACAGUUGGUCGAGGAUGGCUUCUUGGAGGAAAUUAAGCGCAAGAACCGCGAGGUGCAGACCCUGAGGGUGAAGUUGGAAUGUGCUGAGAAGAAAUUAAGUGACAAUGGUGUGAAAGAAAGACGGAUGAGUGUUGAUGCAAGUUGUGACACUGGCAACACUUCAGAAGACCUGCAAGAUGAUGCGUUGAAGGAAUGCGGUUUGAAGAGAGAGACAUACAGUGAUGACAGAUCAUUGAGAAGUCGAAGAACAGAAGAGGACCAGACUCCUGCAGCUCUCACUCAUACACCAGAACAUACUGAUGUGGUGCCAGUGGUGAAAGAUGGAAUCGGCCUGGAGGACUCCGACAUGGCUGUGCUUCUGUCAGUGGAGAUGGAUGCUGGUAGGACAGGCCAAACACUGCAUCAUCAGAACCUUGGAACUGACAGGAAGUGUGAUUCAGCCAAAGUUUCGGUCCAUCGUGCAGAGCAGGGGCUGGAAGAGUAUUUCACAGAAGGCAAUAUGAGUCCUGUUACUCAUGACAGAGGUCAGCUUUGUAGCUCCUCCCCUAAGGGAAGACUUUUGAAACUUGACUCACUUGGUGUGUCCGUCAAGCAGGAGAUAAUUGUGGAUUGUGGGGGCAUCCCAUGUGUGAAGAAAGAAACUUCACAGCCAGAAAUUGCGUCUUCUUUUGCAAUUAAGAGGAACAGAGAGACUUAUUUAGCACCGAAGCAAAACACAAAUCCCCGUAAAACGACGGCACAGGAGCAGCUGAAGCAGAACUCUAACGUUGGCACGUUUGACAGGUCACGGGCUGCCAUGAAGCAACUUAUUCGGCCUAUUAAAAAGCCUGCUCUAUCGAACAACACGUUAGCGUUGUCUUGCACUUACUUAAACGUAGACCCCCUGAACCGUAUUCCUUCCACGUCUAAAGCCACGCCCCCUGCUACACUUCAGCGAAGUCACCCUGCAAAUAAAUUCACCUCUGCCGUUAGUCGAACUGGCACCCAGUGUGUCAGUAACAGAUCCCAGCCUCACGCGCGCUCUUUGGCCCACCCAGACGGCCACGCGGUACACCCCUUGCGCUGCGGCCAUUGUGACAAAUGUUUCCCCCAUCUCAGCAACCUGAAGGCCCACCUGCAGAUUCACACGGGCGAGCGGCCUUUCUGCUGCUCUCUGUGCGGCCGCAGCUUCACCAAACUUAGCAACCUCAAAGCCCACCGCAGAGUCCACACGGGAGAGAGACCAUACUGCUGCCUAGCCUGCGGUAAACGCUUCACACAGAAGUGCAACCUGAAACGCCAUCAGAGAAUACACAUGGACGAGUGACAGACACGGCGGUCAGGAAACCACAGUUUUUUUGUGUGUAAAUGUCCCUGAGAUUGAGUGUUUUUUGUCAUGUUGUGCAGUUCACGUGAUACUUUUGAAGGCAGCUUCUUGUAUUCGUCUCCUGGAAGUGAUUGCAAGCAUUUUAAAAUAUAAUGUCUUACUGUAAGCAACAGGCACAAUUGGGUUGUUGUUAACUGUGUCAUUUACCAUUAAUUUGGGGUCUAGAGAUCCGAUAUUGAUAUUGGUCCGAUAUCAGCAAAAAAACAAGUGUCGGAUGAUAUCGUCUUCCAUGUAAAAUAUCCGAUACAAGCAGUCCUGCAGCGUGUUUACCUGUGCAAAGCUGAAUAGCCAGUUAACAUCUGAAUGUCCUCCGAUAAGCACACGCGGUUGGUCUUUUCUUGUAUUUUAGUCUCAUCAUUAACAAAAGGUAAACAUGGCAAGCUAUAGGAGUCUAAAACCGCACGUGUCAAUAUGAAAAAUAUCAAAUAAUUAUAGUUGCAUAUUAGUUACACAUGCAAAGUCUCCCUGGCAGAAGCGUAUGGGAAAGUAUUCAGUAACAAACGUGUCCGCAUCAUUCAAAUUACUGUGUUAUGACCUUAACUUCAUUAAAUUAUUGUGGCCACUCUUUGUCGCCAAAAAUAAUAACCCCUCCACUUGAAUUUUAAAGACAGCACAGUCUAUUCCACACAAUUAAUAAUAAAUAUGUUAGUGUUUUUCAUACCUUACAUUGUUGUCUGACUAAUUUCACUUGAUUAAAUCUUUUCUAACAUUCCACACCAUAAAAUAAAAGUAUGUACUAUGAUUUGAGACUAUAUAUCCAGUGUUCGUAAUACCAGCAACGCUGGUAUUACGAACCAGUACUUGCUGUACUUUAUAAGUACAGCAAGUUUAAUGCCAUUGCUUUUACGAGUAACAAGUCAUUUACCGUAUUUUCCGCACCAUAAGGCGCCCUGGGUUAUAAGCCGCGCCUUCAAUGAACGGCAUAUUUCAAAACUUUGUCCACCUAUAAGACGCCCCGUGUUAUAAGCCGCAUCUAACUGCGCUAAAGGAAUGUCAAAAAAACAGUCAGAUAGGUCAGUCAAACUUUAAUAAUAUAUUAAAAACCAGCGUGAUGUGGGCGCGCACAGAGUCGUAUAUCAACAUGGACGGAGCUGCGUGAAAAAAGCCACCCGGCCUCUUCGCGUAAACUUACCUUAACCACUCGCUCAUCUUUUCUUCAUCCAUCCCUUCGAGUUAGCUUUUAUGAUGACGCCGGCUGGA